CGACCGGGCAGACCCGCAGGAACCCGAGCGGCGUCAUGCAUCCGAACUCGGUUCUUCCCGUCAGUCCCGGAGCCUCGAUCCUUUUGCCGCGCACCGCAACACAACCACAACCAAGCCCAAAGCCAAACCCCAAACCAGACUUGCACCAGCUCAACAACUUGAGGUUGCAACCAAUCAUCAUCACAAAAAGGAAAACACCAAAAAUAAUGUCGCGGCUUUUUCGCACGUGCCUCCCACAUCCGCUCCUCCCGUCCAUCCCACGCCACCAGCUCCCCCCAACCGCGACAGCGACGACCCGCCGCCGCCUCUCCAGCACCCCCGCCCGCCGGCGCGCGAGCUCCUUCUUGCAGAACGCCCCCGCGCCGCCGCGCCUCCCGCCCGACCAGCAAGCCGAGUUCGAGCGCCUCCAGCGCGCCGCCGAGGCCGCGCUCUCCUCGCACACCACCGUCGGCCCCGCGCCCGCCACUGAGCAGCCGCAGCAGCAACCGCUUACAACCUCGCGGCACGUCUCGAUGCCGCUGCCCUCCGCACAACCACACCCACACACUGCGCAGAAACCUCCAGCCGCCCAGACACAAGCCACCACCCCGGCAGCAGGAGCAGCAGGAGCCGCAGCCGCGCCAGUCCUCGGGCCAGAGGCGGGGUCGUUGAGCGGCGGCAUCCGGCGGGGCGCGCCGCCCGAGUUCGAGGGCGAUCGGAACCCGCGCACGGGCGAGGUGGGCGGGCCCAAGAACGAGCCGCUGCGGUGGGGCAGCACGGGGGACUGGAGCUUCAACGGGCGGGUAACCGAUUUUUGAAAGUCAAGUUUUAUAGAGACACGAUAUCGAGCCCCCCGGGGGGAGGGGGGUGGAGCGGGGUGGCUAGGAUACGGAGCAGGGCGGUGGAUUGGCAUGGAAAGGUAGUGUAGAUUUGUUUAUUCGGACAACAGAUGUCUAGAUUUGGGCGCUUGGAAUGGCGACGAGAAUGGCCUGGACGCUUCGCGUGGGCCUUGUCACGCGCCCCUGGUCCAUCGUUGUCGGACUGGGCGGCCGACGUGGUAUAUUGUGUAAUGGACGGAGGAGAGGGAGGCCGGUUGGAUCUGUCUUUGGGUGCAAACUGGCACAGCUGGAUUCUCUGCUGCAGGCGGGACGAUUUGGUCUGCAAGUUCCAAGGAUGGCUGCAUGGAAGAGGCACGACAGGUGAGCGGAUAAGCUGCAAAGUCGCAUCUCCGCACUGAGGAAAACAAAUACCUCGGGUCGCUGCCCGU